AGCCCCCAUUCUCAAUACAAUUAAAUUCCCUUUCCUUCCUCCCUCUAUCCAUCACCUGGCAUUGUUACAGUUUCUCUCUUCCUCUUCCUAUAUCUCCUGCAGUGAGUGCAGCAACCUUCAAGCAUGUCUGCUGCUCCGCGCCGCAAUGGCCAGCCACCACCUCCAUGUGAACCAUGCCGCAAGUCCAAGAUGCGCUGCGACAAUGUCAUCCCCGCCUGCCAGAAUUGCAUCCGUCGAGGCAAGGCCGAGAACUGUGUGUAUCCCGCCCCUCCCGCCACACGCACCUGGUACUCGGAUAAUGCUCCAUCGCCGACCGCGUCUCCGCGCUCGCAGGGCCGCCCGGACUCCUUCACCCAGGGUGGCCGGUCCACCCCCAACGGUGACGAGAAACUAGCCGCCCUGGGUCUCCCCACCACUGCCACGACCGCCCACAGCAACACCAACAACAACAACAAUAACUCGGCCAUGUUCAGUGAGAUGGAAGACCAGUUUCGGGGGUCCAUGUACCUCGAUGCUGCCUCCGCGGGCCGGGCCGAGCCCACCACGCCGGAUCCGAGGCAGGUCCAGAUGGGCGCCCGACUGCUGACCUUGCUGUUCGAGAACCUGCCCCUGUACGAGCGCUUGGCGGAGACCUCGCUGGACGUGUGGCCCGAAGGGUGCAUCCUGGGUCACCGGCUCAUCACGGGGAUGUUCGAGGCCCUGGAAGAUAUCCUGGAGGCCUUGACGUCCGACCCCAGCUACGUCAAGGAUCGCCAUUCGACGAUGCUGCGGUGGACGCAGAAGAUCUUCGACGACAGCGCCAAGCCCCUGACCGUGCAUGCGGCCACGACCCCGGAGGACUACAUCCGCCGGAUCUCCUCCCGGUGGGAGGGCAUUGGGCUGGUGUACUCGAUCGUCGGGCAGGGCGCCAUGCUGGAGCGCGAUUGGCGGUCCAUCCGCGAGCGCGAACGUAACGUCCCCCGUGAUCAGAAGUUGUUGGCGGCCCAGGCGGUCUCGGCGAGUGAUGCCUGUCUGCAGUUCUGUGAUACUUUUGGCGCGGUGGAUGAUUCGCUUGGCUGGUUGCUGUUCCAGCACCUUCAUCUCUUGACCUUGGUUUAUGGUGAAAACGAUCCUCGAGCGUGGAGAAAGCUGGCCGAGCUUGCGACCGUGGCUUUCACCCUCGGUUCCAAUCAAUCAGAGAAGGACACGAGGACCCCCUUCUUCGUGGUCGAGCUUCGCAAACGUCUGGUCGCGGGCGCAUACAGCAUCGACAAACAGCUGGCCACCUCCUUGGGCAGACCUCCCCAGAUCAGCUGGCGCUACUAUGACGUCCAGUUCCCGCUCGACCUGAGCUACGAUGAGAUUCUGGCCGAGCCGAAGAUCCGCGAGACCGCCAUCAGCAAGCUGGACAAGACGGGAUGGAAUACCCAGGGAGUCGUGGGGAAGUCCGCGUGGCUUCGGAUUGCGCUGCUCAUUGGCUCGACGAGGGAGCAGAUUCUGGAACUGUCGCUCAGUCGUCGUAUUGACGAUUUAUCUCGCAAGGUUCAGGAGGUGUCUCAGCAAUCGCACAAAACUUGGAACGAGCUACCCAGCUUCCUUCGCUGGCGGCCUGGCUCUCCCGACCCGAAUGGUUCGAGCAGUGUACUUCUGCCCCUGUAUUUGAACUUUCUCUACAAUGACUUCCUCCUUUACCGGGUUUUGUUGAAGCGGACUCAGAGCGGUGGGGAGGGCUUGAUCGGUGUGUCACAGAACAUACUGAGCACCAUUCUCGAGCUCAUUGGGAAGGAAAUUGGGUCUAGGGCUGGCACCUAUAAUGUCGGAUGGAAUGCAUCGUCAUUUGGUCUCCCUGCAGCCGGGGUCUUAGCUAUCGAGCUCCUCCGUCAGUCCGAAGCCCAGGCUCAGGUCCAAGCCGCCCCGUUCCGCCGAUCGGAGGUUAUCCAGAAACUCACUGUUUUCGCCUCCCAUCUCCAAUAUGUCGUCCGCCCGCACGAUGGCAUGUACGAUGUCUGCCAGCGUGCACGGAAGGUCAUCUCCAACAUUCUGGAUCGGGUCCUGACGGUCAACGCAUCCCCGAUGCCUGCCACCCUGCCCGCCGAUGUUCUGGCAACCAAUUGGCUCAACGGCGAGACUGUCACCCUUGACGACGGCACGGAUUUGUACCGGUGGAUUGAGAAUCUCUACCCGGACACAGCUGGAUCCACGGCCUCCUGGGCUUGAGCCCGACAUAGCCUCAUGAUAUGGAAAUGAUUGAUGAUAUAAGCCGAUGACUGUGGGCAGAUGCAGAUGCAGAUGUGUCUAUCACCCCCAACCUACCAUGUUAUGACCAUAUACCCCCUCUGUGUGACUGAGGACGAGCAAAAAGUGAGCAGGUUUUCUUGUGAUGAGUGGAAGACGAAGUGCACUUUGCUUGUUCCAUAAUGUUGUAUUUCGUGUUGCCACCUGUUCUUUAUUUUCAGUUCUGUCGAAUUCUUUUGCUUCCUGCAAGUUUCGUCUGCGAUGUGAAGGUUGUUAGAAUUGUACUUGGGCAACAAUGGUUAUUAAUGCCAUAUAGCGUUACAUUGCAAUCGGCGGAAUACACGUCAGCGC